AUGCCUGCAAGCACAUUGGCUUCUCUCAAAGGACUCGAUGGGACACAGAAAGAGUUGCCUCGAUUACAAACCAAUGGACAAUUGGACAAUGGUCAGCUGGAGAAUGGCGAUCGUCUGGAGCCAGUGCUCGAAGACGAUCCUGCUUCAUUCAAUCUGGUUUCUCCGCCGCCGCCGCCGGGUUUCGGGGAGGUGUUCUCGUUGGAAAAGCAAGCCGAGGCGCUCUUUUCCCGAGCUCAUCUACAAGUCAUCUUCGCAGACCCAACCUUUCUUUUCAAGUUUACAUCGUUCCUCGGUGUGCACCGGCCUCAGUCCGUACCCACCCUCGUCCACUACCUCGAUUCCCUCAAGUCCCUGCGAGCCAUUCACUAUGCGAACGCCAUCUGCGAAGGGUUAGACCCCGUAGAGGGACUAGACUUCACCCAGAACCCCAUCAAACCUACGAUCAACACGUCCUUGGAAGAGAGGGCGUACAAGGCUUUUGGUGUUUUGGUCACGGAGGAGUUGCCGGCAUAUAUCACCCAUCAAUAUAUUCAAAUUGUUGGCGCUAGCAUCACCGCCAGAGUGACAGGUGCUCUCUCGCCUCAGCUGCGCGACGCCUCGGAUGGGUUGGCGGAGGUUUUCUGUCUGACGGAUCCGUCCAGGCACGACAACCCCAUUGUCUUUGCUUCUGAAGAAUUCAAUCGUACAUCCCAAUACGGCCUGUCAUAUGUUCUUGGUCGGAACUGCAGGUUUUUACAAGGACCAAUGACAAACCCACACAGUGUGAGAAGGCUGAAGGACGCAGUUCAGGCCGGAAGACAACACCAGGAAGUUUUGCUGAACUAUCGACGAGAUGGCUCGCCCUUUGUGAAUCUGCUGAUGAUUGCGCCUCUUGCCGAUAGCCGGGGUGUUGUUCGGUAUUACAUUGGCGCGCAAGUCGAUGUCAGUGGACUUGUCAAGGAUUGCGCCGAGAUGGAAUCCCUUCAGAAGUUACUUGAGCUACGCGGCCGAGGCGAAGACCCGCCCUUACCGGAAAGACCUUCUCCUGAGAAGAACGACGAACUCCGCGAACUGAGUGAGAUGUUAAAUCAAGGCGAAUUGAACACGAUCCGCCGGCAUGGCGGGAAGAUGCAUCGGGAAGUGUCGGAUGAAGAUCUGGAGAGCGUCGCGUCCCACCAGCCGCGACUUCUGCUGAAAGAUCCUGACACGCUGACAGCAUCCCUUCGAGUUGGGAGCAUCAAUGGAAGGCUGGGCGGGAUUUACCAACAUUAUAUGCUGGUACGACCAUACCCUUCGCUACGGAUCCUGUUUGCAAGCCCUUCACAGAGACUGCCCGGUGUCCUUCAAUCGCCUUUCUUGAAUAAGAUUGGAGGGUCUAGUCGUGUGCGCGAGGAGUUGACGGCGGCGUUUGCCGAAGGCCGGGGCGUGACUGCGAAAGUGCGCUGGAUCACUCGAAGCGAUGAUCAAGGCAAGAACAAAUGGAUCCAUUGCACGCCUCUUGUUGGCAAUGGCGGCCAGGUCGGAGUGUGGAUGGUAGUCAUCGUCGACGAAGACAAGACCAGCAGUGAAAGAUGGCCUCCUGGAGGCGGACGAUUGCCUCCAACCGUGGCCACACCAGAGCCAGAAAGGAGCCGGACUCCGGGAAGCGGAUAUCGAGGGCAAGACGCAAGCUACACCGGGUCCGCCGACGUGAACGGCGCUGGCAGCCUGCGAAGUGGUAACGGCAGUGUCACGAGCUUCAGAAUCGGAUGA